CAAAUCAACUCAAUUUAUCUAAUAUUUGUAUGUUUGCUAUUUUUUUUAUUUAAAACGUUCUAUAUUCAAUGAUCGAUAGCCUUUAGCCGUCUCAGCGCACUCCAGGAACCCCUCUUAUCACAUUAAACUGACGAUCGUACAGUUAGCUGUCAAAAGCUUGUUGCUUAAAUCUGUGCAGUGCUAUAAAGUAAUGAAGGAAUGAGGUCGGAUGCAUAGACGAAAUAACACGCUAUACUUUACGAACAGAGCAAUAAUUCAAUGGGUUGUUGAGCGGACAUUUCUGGAGCACUUGACAUCCUGUUUUCGUUAGUUCAGUUGGACAGUCGUGUCGUCUGUUCUGGCUGGUGCGUGAUCCUCUGGGAAGCGGUUCAUCCGUGAUGAUGAGAUUCUUCGUCGUGGAGGGGAAGAAGUUCUUUAGUGCUGCAUGAAGAGAGAGAGAUCACCAACAGAAAGUGCCUUUGAGAAGAUAUCCCCGACUUGAAGUUGGUCCGAGUACAUUGCCGGUCUCGGCUUUCUUUGAGGCCAGACUCAAGCACCAACACGUGAUACCUCAUCUGCGAGUCCUUUGCCAUCACUUUGCACAACAUCAGCACCUAAAAAAUUCUAAAAUAGAGCCAUAAUAUAAGAGGACAGAGAAUAACGAACUGAGAAUGUAUGACUAAAGUGACAAAUCUGCAUUGAAUUUUCCUCACUUGAAUGUGAAUGUUUAUGGAUACCGUCAUUUGUGGAAAAUACAGUAGAACGUGUCACAGAAAAAAAUAAACAUUUGCAGUUGUUUCUUUUUGAUAGGUUAUUUUACAGCCAGAUUUACAAGUUAGUUUAUCUUCCUGCUCCAGCCGAUGGAGGACUCACCAGGUUGUUUUAAAAGAGGACUUUUUAAAUAGAGCCAACCUGCAGCUUUUGGUGUAUGAGGCACUUGACUAUUACGUAGACAUUUUAAAAACUAAAUUUAUGAUCACAACCUUUGGAGAUGGCGUUGAACCUUUCUUCAGUAAGAGACACCAAAUGGCUAACUCUGGAAGUCUGUCGGCAGUUUCAGCGAGGAAACUGUUCAAGAAGUGAUGAAGAAUGCAAAUUUGCUCAUCCACCUAAGAGCUGCCAAGUGGAAAAUGGGAGAGUUAUUGCCUGUUUUGACUCACUGAAGGGCAGAUGCUCUAGAGAAAACUGCAAGUAUCUUCAUCCACCUUCACACUUAAAGACCCAAUUAGAGAUAAAUGGGCGCAACAAUCUCAUCCAGCAGAAGACAGCAGCAGCCGUGCUUGCCCAACAGAUGCAGCUCAUGAUCCCCGGACCCAGUCUGCAGUCUAUGGGACUUGGCACAAAUACUGGUCUUGGUUAUGGCUCAUACAUGACUCCCAUGACCCAUGGAAUGAGCCUCGUCCAAACAGACAACCUUCCCAACACCCAGGUUCUUGUUCCUGGGAGCCCACCUGUCACGAUCCAGAGCUCCUCUUCUUCUUCUUCUUCUCCCUCACAGAAGCUGCAGCGUACAGACAAAUUAGAGGUGUGCCGUGAGUUUCUGCGGGGAAACUGUGCGAGAGGGGAGACAGAUUGCCGCUUUGCUCACCCCAGUGACAGUCCAAUGAUUGACACCACUGAUAACACUGUCACUGUUUGCAUGGACUACAUAAAGAGCCGCUGCUCCAGGGAGAAGUGCAAGUAUUUUCACCCGCCUGCACACUUGCAGGCCAAAAUCAAAUCCAGUCAACAGCAAGUCAAUCACACAGCCGUGGCAGCCCAAGCCGCAGCUGCAGCCAUGACUCAGUCGACUGCCAAAGCAAUGAAGCGAUCCCUCGAGGCAACUGUAGACCUGGGCUUUCCCCACAGUCUCCUACAACCCCUACCAAAGAGACCAGCUUAUGAGAAGAGCAGCUGGGCCAACUCUCUCCUCAGCCCCAGUUUUUUGCACUACCAUCAGGCUCUGGCCAACUCACAGCUGCAGCAGCCCACUGCGGCAUUUUAUCCUGCAGGUUCUGUCUUGUGCAUGACUCCGGCUAACAGCAUCGUCCCCAUGAUGUACAGUGCUACGCCUGCUACUGUCUCUGCAGCAACUACUCCCGCCACAAGUGUCCCCUACGCAGCAACAGCACCAGCCAAUCAGAUCAAACAAUUACUCUACACUAUCAUCCUCAAGUAACCACCAGAAACAGACGUCAGUGCCGUGUUGCUGUUGUUAAAGACCCCAAACAUCUGCUCUGUAAAUACUCUGUUAACUCCACACACAACUUACAACAGACUGCAUGCUGAUAACAUCACUGAUGAAAAAGUUGUACACAUCACUUUGAUCCCCCAUUAUAAGCUCAAUUACUAGGAUUAUACUGUGUUUGAUACGUGUCACAGAAGAUUAUUGUAUGUACGCGCCUUUGCACCUGCAUUAACAUGCAUCCUCAGUAACGUGCAAAUAACAUGCUGGUUCCUGUUUCCUAAACCAGUUCUUAUAAGAUCAGAGGUGCAUUUAGCCUCUUAAAGAGCUGAAAAGCAAUGUGUCUCCAGUUCACAACUUCGACACGAAUUCAACCAGUAAACACAUGGAAAUCAAACAAAAUAGGCAAUGCAGAUAUGAGUCUGUUUUUCACUGGCAAUUUAGAUUUUUGUAAAUAUUAUAAGAGAAAGAGAUGAGGAUGCCAGAUCUCAUCUGAAGUCAGUUUCCUAUAUUGGAGACUGUUAAAAUUAUAUCAUCAUAAUAUUGAGCAUAAAAUACUUUUUUUCUUUCUUGAAUAUGUUAUGUAAACUAAGAGAAAACCUUUUCAUGUUAACAACUGUCUACCUAGUGCCAGAUUUAAUUGUUUUAAACAAUCUAGUAAAACACACUUAUAUUAACUUUAAACUCCACAUUGUAAAAAUUAUGGAAGUUCCUUUAAAAUGUUCUGAGGGUAGUAGUCCAUCUGUAUUGUUUACCCUAUCAUUCCUAGAGAAUAGGAUCAGUGCUCCACCUCCUGGUGUGCCUUUGCAUUGCAUAUACAGUAUGUUUGCUGAGAGAAAAUACUGUAGAACACAAUUGCUGCAAAGACUUUUUUCUUCAAGGCAGUAACGCAACAAUGCUUCAAACUGUUAAAAUAUCCCCUCUUCAUUAUAAAAAAAAUCGAUUGGACUACCGGUCACGGUGAUGGUUGACGGGCUAGUUUCCCAAAGAUGGUCAGAUGGUUAUUCACUAUCUUAAGUAGGACUAAUGGCUGGGUAAGUAACCACAUUAAACCGCUCAGCAGAAAAUGUUACAACAUUUUACUGGGAACAUUCAGGGAAGAAUGUAACAAAACAAGAUGUGGCUUGUUAAUGUGGCAGGGCUCUGUACUUCUGCUCAACAGGUUACUUUGGUUUCUAAAAACUUGUUCCCUGCUGAUGACUCGCUCUGCAAUAUUACAAUAUUAACAACAAUACAAACCAGUCUAACAUAUCUUUGUGAAAAUGGCCCCUGGUUCCACUUUAAGAUAACCAGAUAACCAUGUUUUUAAGAAGAGCCUCCACAGCCAUGAAGGUUAAAGUUCAAACUGUGUGGAAUUACUACUGCACAUAUUCAAACUAAAGUAAUCCUGUAAGGGUUGAGUUGAGUAGUGUGUGAAAUGGUAGUCUUAAUGUUACAGUCAGUUGUCAGUACUGUACUAUUUGAAUGUUACAAGUGCCUAAAGAAUUGUGCAGAUGAGGAUAUCCACGCAAAUUUAAAAAGGCUUUGUGCAAAAAAUCACUCAGUUAAAUCUACUCAAGUGACAUGUGGAAAGAAAUGAUUUGCAAUGCUAUGCCAGUGCUUUAGUAUGUUGUGUGCACCUGUUUAGAUUUAGCCUUACAAUUAAUUUUCACUGAUGCUAAAAUGUGUUUGUAGACCUACAUAAUGUAUAAUUUCUUUCUCUCUUAAGAUGAUUACGUAGUGUAUGACAGUGUUUCCUAAUUAGUUGUAUGCACAGUUAAAAUACCUUUAUGUAGUAAAGUACAAUUUAAGGAGAUAGGCUUUUGGGUGAUGUUUAAAUGUGUAUGGUUGAUACCACAUUAUGCAAUUACCCGUCUUUGUUUGGAUCUUACAGCAGACAGAGUGGGUAUUGUGUCUGGUUCAGUGAGUUACAAAACUGAUAUUAAAAACAGUUUUCACUCA